CUAUGGUGUCAUUCAGUUGUGAUUCAUGCUCAGAUAUUAUUAAAAAGCCCAAGUUGGUUCAACAUACAGCUCGUUGCCCUAGCGCACAAUUUACCUGCAUUGAUUGUUCUACUACCUUCGCUGGUAAAAGUUAUUUAAAGCAUAUUAAGUGUAUUUCUGAAGCUGAGAAAUAUCAAAAAAGUUUAUAUAAGGGCAAUAAAAAGGGUACACAAGAUCAACUUCAUAAAACUAAACAACUGAAUUCAGAUAAUAAGUCUCGAGAAGUUUCCGAUGAACGAAACGAUAAUAAUAAGAACGACUCCUUGGAAAGGGAAAAGGAAGGAGCCAAAGGUGUGUUGAUCAUUGAUUUUGAUCACAAAAAAGUUAAAACAGCGGAUACAGCUGCAAAGCAGGAAAACGACAAUAAAAAUGAAGAUGGUCCUAUCAAGGAUAAUGCUACAGGCUUAGAUGAAGUAAAUGAAGCGCAAAUAGUCCAAAUUGAAAAGGAAAUUGAAACACCAAAGAUAGAUAGUAAUUUCAAAAUCGAGAAUAAGAAGGAUGGUGAUGGUGAUGCCACGAUGGCAGGUAUAUCGAAGAAAGAAUGCAAUCUUGAUAAAACCGGCAAUAAGAAAAAGAAUAGCAGAUCUUCCGGUAAUAUUAAUAGUAACGAUAUCGAAGGCGAGGAAAGUAAAAAGGAUAAUGAUGUAGAUGCUAUGAUGAAAGGUUCAAACGAUGUAAAUGAAGUACAAUCAGCCCAAACCGAGAAGGUAAUUAAAACACCAAAGAAGGAAAGUAAUACAGUGAAACUUGAUAAAAGCAACAAUAAGAAAAGGAAGGAAAGGAACGGUAAGAGGGAUAGUGAUGAUGAUGCUACGAUGACGGAUUCAAAUGAAGUUAAUGAAGUGCAAUCAAUCCAAACUGAAAAGAUUAUUGAAACACCAAAGAAAGAAAGCAAUACAGAGAAACUUGAUAAAAGCAGCAAUAAGAAAAAGAAGAAGGGAAGGAACAGUUUGACGCACAACAAUUCAACUGAUAAUGUGCAAGAUGGCGAAACUAAGAGGGUUUCUAUGAUUCAAUCUGUAUCAUCUAUCGAAGUAUUGAAGAAAGAAAUUUCUGAUAAAAAAGACAGGAAACGAAAAUCUAUUGAUCCUGUGUUACCCGAAAAAAAUGAACUUGAGACUCCGACAAAUAAAAAGCAAAAAAAUAAUGACAAAACCAAGGAUAAGAAAAAUGCAAAGUUUGUUCAUGAGAAAGAUAGCACUCAUGAUCUAAUCAGCAUUCCUGCCGCUAUUAAGAAGAUCUUCAAAAGUGACGAGCGUCUUGAAGAAAUGGUGGUUCGUGAACUGAUUCCCAAUUCAAAUUUAUCUGAAAAUGAACUAAGGGAAAGUUUUCUAGAGAAUAUCGUGCUAACUAUGAAGGAUGGGAACAUUAUUUUAAAGUGA